UUGGAAGGAGUCUGGUUUGCAAACAGCUCACCUACUUGUGCAGGAAAAGCUAUAACAGUGCCGUAGCUACAAUGAAAAUACAGGAGACCCUAAUCGAUCUGUCCUUCUGAGGCAGCAGCUGUAAACAGCAACAAGGAAGCGGUGCUAUUAAACAUUAAUAUUAAAGAUUCAUGUUGAGGGAGCAGGGGCUCCGCCCACACCAUUAUAUUGUGUUGCGGGUAGCCCCGGGUAUGUUGGUGUGAAUUAGUUCCCCAUCUGUCUCCGUGUGUUUGUGUGUCUGAGUACGGAGCUGUGCCCGCCCGGAGGAGGAGCCCACUUUUCUGGGAGGAGGAAGGGGAUCAGUUCCCGGGGAGAGCGGGAGCCCAGAGCCGGAACAUGCGCCGUCUGACAGCGGAUUAGAGCCGCCGCUUGGAGCCGGACACGGACCGGGAGGAGGCGAUGGACUGGAGCGGGCUCUGGAGCACCAUCCGCCGCUGGUGUGUUGGAGAAGAGAACUGGGUGGAUAGUCGGACAGUUUACAUUGGACAUCGUGAACCCCCUCCAGGCACAGAUGCUUACAUUGUACAAAAUUAUCCCGAUAAUAGGAUUGUGUCUUCAAAGUAUACUUUCUGGAACUUCAUUCCCAAGAACUUGUUUGAACAGUUCAGAAGAAUUGCUAACUUCUAUUUUCUGAUCAUAUUCCUUGUGCAGUUGAUCAUUGAUACACCGACCAGUCCGGUAACUAGUGGACUUCCUCUCUUUUUUGUAAUCACUGUGACUGCAAUCAAACAGGGAUAUGAGGAUUGGCUUCGGCAUAAAGCAGAUAACGCAGUGAAUAGAUGUCCUGUUCACGUCAUCCAGGGUGGCAAAGUAGUUCAAAAACAGAGCAGAAAAUUGCAGGUUGGAGACAUUGUGAUGACCAAGGAGAACGAAACUUUUCCAUGCGACAUGGUCUUCUUGUCUUCGAGCAGUGAUGAUGGAACAUGUUUUGUCACUACAGCCAGCCUAGAUGGUGAAUCAAGUACGAAGACUUAUCAAGCUGUUCAAGAUACAAAAGCUUUGCGAACUGAGGCAGAAGUGGACACUUUGAAUGCCACCAUUGAAUGUGAACAGCCACAGCCUGAUCUUUACAAUUUUGUUGGCCGGAUCAAUAUUUACCAUGAGACAGAGGAACCUAUUGCAAGGCCAUUGGGAUCAGAGAAUGUGCUACUGCGGGGAGCAACAUUAAAAAAUACCCAAAGUAUUUAUGGUGUGGCGAUAUAUACUGGCAUGGAAACUAAGAUGGCAUUAAAUUAUCAAUCCAAAUCACAGAAACGUUCAGCUGUAGAAAAAUCAAUGAAUAUGUUCCUGAUCGUUUACUUGUGCAUAUUGAUUAGUAAAGCUUUGAUAACUACAAUCCUGAAAUUCAUGUGGCAAAGUGAUUCUGUUCGAGACGAACCUUGGUUUAACAUGAAAACGCAAGCAGAAAGGCAAAGAAACAAGUUCCUGUCAUCAUUCACGGAUUUUUUGGCCUUUAUGGUCCUUUUCAAUUAUAUCAUCCCCGUCUCCAUGUAUGUCACUGUGGAAAUGCAGAAGUUUCUUGGUUCUUAUUUCAUUUCUUGGGAUGAGGAGAUGUUUGACGAUGAAAUCUGUGAAGGGCCAAUCAUCAACACGUCGGAUCUGAAUGAAGAGUUGGGGCAGGUUGAAUAUGUUUUUACAGACAAAACAGGGACCCUGACUGAGAAUAACAUGGAGUUUAUUGAGUGCUGCAUCGAUGGUCAUGUCCAUGUUCAGCACUCCAUAUCUAACGGCCAGAGCUUUUACAGCAAUGCAGCAAUCGAUUUCAUUGAUGCCCCUGUUGGAAUAGCUGAUCAGGAAAGAAAGGAGCUGUUUUUCCGCGCAUUGUGUCUUUGUCACACAGUCCAAGUUAAAAGAGAAGAUGAGACUGAUUAUCAGAAGCAACACCAGGAUGGGAGAUCCUCAGUUUACAUUUCCUCUUCGCCAGAUGAGAUUGCCCUGGUAGAGGGCGUAAAGAGGCUUGGCUUCACAUUCGUGCAGGUAAAAGACAAUUUUAUGGAGCUUGAAAAUCCAGAGGCUGAAAUUGAAAGGUACGAAUUACUCCAGAUAUUGAAUUUUGACUCAGUGAGACGUCGUAUGAGUGUCAUUGUUAGAUCCGUAACAGGUGAAAUAAUCUUGUUCUGUAAAGGAGCUGAUUUAUCCAUUUUCCCCAGAGUGAAGGCAGGGAAGUUGGACCUAGUCAGGCAAAGAGUGCAGCAAAAUGCAGUGGAGGGACUGCGAACCUUAUGUGUGGCUUACAAAGUCCUCACCAGUGAAGAGUAUGACAGUGUACAUGCACUCCUUCAGAAUGCAAAACUAGCCCUCCAGGAACGUGACCGGAAGCUUGCUGAAGCUUAUGAUCUGAUUGAAAGUGAUCUUGAUUUACUUGGAGCAACAGCUGUGGAAGACAGAUUGCAAGACAAAGCUGCUGAGACUGUGGAAGCUUUGCAGAAAGCUGGAAUGAAGGUGUGGGUUCUUACAGGAGACAAGAUGGAAACAGCUGCAGCCACGUGCUAUGCCUGCAAACUUUUCAGAAGAAGUACACAGUUAUUUGAGCUGACGACUAAACGAAUAGAAGAGCAGAGUUUACAUGAUGUUCUUUUUGAUCUGAACAGAACAAUUAUCAGGCAAAGUGGUAGUUUGCCAAGAGACACUUACUCAGGAUUUUCCCAGCAUGAUUUACAUGAUUAUGGUUUGAUCAUCGAUGGGACCACACUCUCACUCAUCAUGAAACCUGCUGAAAAUGGUUCUUCAAGUAAUUACAAAGAUCUGUUUCUGGAAAUAUGUCGCAACUGUAGUGGAGUCUUGUGCUGCAGAAUGGCACCUUUACAGAAAGCACAGAUUGUUAAACUAAUCAAAUCUUCAAAAGAACAUCCCAUAACCUUGGCAAUUGGUGACGGGGCUAAUGAUGUCAGUAUGAUUCUGGAAGCCCAUGUCGGAAUCGGCAUUUUGGGCAAGGAAGGUCGUCAGGCUGCUCGAAACAGUGAUUAUUGUAUUCCCAAGUUUAAACAUCUGAAGAAGUUGUUGCUUGUCCAUGGUCAUUAUUACUACAUAAGAAUUGCCCAACUUGUCCAAUAUUUCUUCUAUAAGAAUGUUUGCUUCAUAUUCCCUCAGUUUUUGUACCAGUUCUUUUGUGGAUUUUCUCAACAGCCAUUGUAUGACACGGCAUACCUUACAUUGUACAACAUCAGCUUUACCUCUCUCCCCAUCCUGUUGUACAGCCUUAUGGAACAACAUGUUAGCAUUGAUACUCUGAGAAGAAAUCCAUUUUUGUACAGGGACGUUGCCAAAAAUUCCUUACUGAGUUGGAAAUCAUUCAUUUACUGGACUUUCCUGGGAGUUUUUGAUGCUGUGGUGUUUUUCUUUGGUGCUUAUUUUAUAUUUGAUAAUUCGACCAUGACAAGCAAUGGACAGCUAUUGAGGGCCAACUUGAACAUGAUGUUUGGAAAUUGGACAUUUGGAACCUUAGUUUUCACUGUUUUGGUAUUUACAGUAACUCUUAAGCUUGCACUAGACACUCAUAAUUGGACAUGGGUAAACCACUUUGUAAUAUGGGGCUCGCUGCUGUUUUACAUCAUCUUCUCUUUCCUAUGGGGAGGUAUUAUCUGGCCUUUUCUGAAUUACCAGAGAAUGUACUAUGUCUUCAUGCAGAUGCUUUCAACAGGGCCGGCCUGGUUAGGGAUUAUCCUGCUAAUAACAAUCAGCCUCCUUCCAGAUGUAGUUAAAAAAGUGCUUUGCAGGCAACUUUGGCCAACAGCGACACAGAAACUUCAGGAUAUCCUUAGGCAAUCCAAGAAGGAUCGUGUAUCAGAAUUCAGCCCACUGGCUCCUCCUCCAAGUUCCACCUACACAAACAACAUUUAUCGAUCCCAUCAACAAUCAAAGUCAAUCUCUGCAGAUUCCAGGAAGGUGACACAUACGUAUUGGGCAGAGGAUGAUUAUUGUAAUAAUCCAUCACUAUUUGACUAUUCUGGUAACCAUUAUCCAACCAAUGCUCGCUGCAUUUUUGUUCCAUCAGGUUUGGAAACUACAGUCUAGCUGACAUUUGAAUCCUGUGGUUUUGAGUUUGAUGACUCCUGUUUUCGAAAGAUUAUUGUAUAAAAAACUUAAGUCUUUCUGGACUCCAAUGUUUCAACUAUCCUCCAUUGAGACUUGAAUAAGACAUCCUGCAUUCUUCCUGGACAGCGAGUCCCAUGUGCUGAAGUCAAAGUUAAGGCACAGUCUGGUACUGUGUGACUGGUACUAUUACAUGACUACUGUAUUCCUUAUGAUGCUACUUUGUUAUCCAGUAAUACUAAAACCAUGUGACAUCCAGCAAACUGAUCAUCAAAGUAUUAGCAAGGCAGCAUCAACAAAAGGAACAUCUGUCAGCACCUGAUAUGUAUAUUAAUGUUACUUUAUAUUCUGUUCCUUUAAUAAAGCUUCCUAUAUUUAA